GAGUAGAGUCUCAGUUCGAGCGCAUCAACCAAAGGCAAACCAACUGCGAAUAGUAUAACAAGAUGCAGAUCUCCGAGUUGCCCACUUGGCUUACCAAUGACUACAUGCAGUCGCAGCUUCGAGCCUUCCACAAGGAUACGCAGCUAAAUGUGCUCAAGCUGUGGUCCAAUGCGGCCACGGGUAAGGGUGAGAAUUAUGUGGGCAUCGUGACGCGCAUUCAUGUGGAGCUCGAGGCGGCGGCGACGGGUGGUGCAGUGGCGCAGCGCACCUAUCUGCUGAAGGAGGCAUGCCCCAAAGAUGCGCCACAGGCGGGCAUGUUUGCAGAGUACGAUGUGUACGCACGCGAGAUGGACAUGUAUGAGCACGUUCUGCCCAGGAUGACGCAGCUGCUGCGCGAGGCGGGCAUCGGGGAUAAGCUGCAUGCGGAUGCUGUAUGCAUCGACCGGGAGCACGGCAUCAUGUUGCUGGAGGACUUGACGCUGCUCGAGUAUAGAAAUGCCGAUCGUGUGAAGCAAUUGGACCUGGCCCACACUCACAUCACUCUGCAAAUGCUGGCCAAGUAUCAUGCAUCCGCCAUGGUCCUGAAGCAACGGCAUCCCGAGCUGCUGGCCAGGCGUUUUCAAACCAGUUUCUUCACUCGUGGCCCCAAGGGCUACGCCGUGCUCUUCACGUGCCUCUUCAGGGGACUCAUCCGCUACGUCCAGACGCAGCCCAAGCUGAAGGCGCGUUACCAUGCUAAGCUCACCCGUUUACUGGACAAUCUCAUGGAGUAUGGCGCACGUGCUUUCGAUGUGACGGAUGACGAUUUCCAGACACUGACCCAUGGCGACUGCUGGACUACGAACAUUAUGUUCCAGUACGACGGGAAGGGCCAGCCAACCACUGUGGUGCCCAUAGACUUUCAGUUCAGCACACGCACCUCUCCCAUUCUGGAUCUGCAUUACUUCUUCAGCACCUCGCUGCAGGAUAAUGUGCUGGCCAGGGAAACGGAGCUGGUGCAAUAUUAUUUUUAUGCACUCAAGCGCACCUUGUGCCAGUUCAACUACAAAGGCAAGCUACCUAGCCUAUUGGAAUUCCAGCUGCAAUUCGAGCGUCGCAAAUUUCUAUGCGUUGUAAUAGGUUUGGUAUUUCAACCUCUGAUGAUUUAUACUGGCGAUGAAUCUCCGGACUUUUGGAAGCUUUAUCAGGACACGGCGGAGGCGAUUAGUUUUCAGGACUCGGUAUACGAGAGUGACAGGGCACAGAACAUUGUGGCGCAAUUGCUGCCCAUAUUCGAUGCCAAGGGGCUGCUCGAUGAGCAGUAAAA